AUGCUCGGACAUCUACGGCACCCACCGAAAGAAAAGGAUCCAGCAGCGCAAAUGCUCCGGGACCCAGAGAAAGGAGAGGCUUUGUUCCCAGCCACGCCAGUCAAAGAGGAAAACCAAUUCUGGAGUCACAGGCCGAGUGUACGUGAGUUGGUUCACAAAUACAACGGUAAGGUGAAAGGCAGCCGUUUGAGGUUAGAGGUGGUGGGGGAAAAUGGAAAGAUUAGAGAGGUGCCGCGACCCGGAUGGAGGAUCGAGUGGCUCGAUGGCCGGUUGCGUUACUACCACGUCAUUUCCGAGAACCAAGCGCAUUUCUUGAGGUUUGGGUUCCUGUACGAUUUUACGAUACCUCUCCCAGAGGAACACAAAGUCGGUCUCGCGUCUCACAAUGUCGCAUCUUCGCCCGCCCUCCCCACGACCGCUUUACACUUCCUCUGUACAGUUGAUACCGCGAAGAUCCCGUUAUAUCUCGCUGCAGGACCCAGCCUAGAUGUUUGGACGACAGAGGAAGCUACACAGGCUUGGUUCGAGUCGAUACUACUAGCCAAGCCCUCGUUCUCAGACGCGCAAGACCAUUCUACGAAGGAUUGGUGGCAUCUGACACAAUCACAGUCGCCAAUUGGUGUUCUAGUACAGGUGGAGAAUGUUGAGCAUAGCAAUCAGAAGCCUAUUGUAACGGAACUGCUCUUCUAUGGCACCAUCGCUGCUUCUGCUACUGCUGGUCUGCCGACACCGCCUUCGUCGUCCCCGUUCGUCGACAACGCCCAGGGCAAGCAACUCCCGGAGCUGCGAGUACAUGCAUUACCGCUUUCGUCCCAUCUCCUCCACGAGUCUAGCCAUUCCGUUCCCGCUGACGCCGACGCUCAAUUCCUCCCUCCACUACUCGAGUCUCAUGCUACACUCAAGUCGCCAAAGAAGCAGCGAGACAUCUUCGAAGAGGCUACCAUUGCCAAUAAAAAGGCAAGAGGGAGGGGCGGAAGAGCAGUAUCGGCUGCUGCUGCUCGCGGAAACGAGUCUCAGCAACCCUACAACCACCGCAAAUCGUCGCUCUCCAUUGACUUCAAGACUGCGCCGCAUCCAGAUUCAGGACCGCCAUCCGCACAUGGCACUCUUUCUCGGUCCACCUCGAGGCCACUGUCCCGAUCGCCGAGCGUUACCUCUGAUGCCAGACCGCUGAGUCGCAAGGGUCUACCAGAACCACAAAACAGGCGUUCAAACCUAUCUCAGGUUGCAACUGUGCCUACACAACCUGAGGAGCCAACAACGGAAUCUCGUAAUAAAGAUGCGCUUGUAAAGGUGGUCAUGGCAGCGAUGCGCAUGCAUGGCCUGCAGCAGCGAAAGCAGAACAAGUCCCGUCGCGCAUCCGUGGCUGCUGGCGACGAGGGGAACCAGCAAUUAGAUGAGCAAAAUGCGGCAGAAGAAGCUGCCAAAGAUGAAGAAUACAAGCUGAUCUAUCAUCAGACCUACAAAGGUGCAACGUUGGCAAUGGUAAGCUAUACUACUCAUGAUGUGAACAAUUAUUGA